AUGAGUAGAAUUAAUUUAAUAACCACAAAGGAGGUAUCUGAAAUUGUCAGCUGGUAUACUCACGUCUGUGCCGGGACUAUGCAAGGGUAUAGAGCAACGGAGGAAGAUGCAACGGUUAUAUUAGCGACUCUAAAAAAUUUUCCGUCAUGCAGGAUGUGCACUAUAUUUGAUGGCCAUAUAGGAAAAGAAACAGCUUUAUAUUGCGCUCGAAAUAUAGCUGAUUUCAUAGGUAAUUGCCAAUCCUUAAAUGUUCACAACAUAACAAACGCGUGUAUACAGCUGGACAAUGAAAUUUUGAGUAGUAAUUUUGCUAAUAGUGGAUCUACAGCAAUAAUUGCAAUAAUUGAGAAAAUUAUGGACAAAAAUGUUUUUAAGCUUUAUAUAUGCAACUUGGGAGAUUCUCGGGCAAUGCUAAUAAAGAACGACGGUUCAUUUAUUUCGUUAAGUGAAGAUCAUAAACCUUAUAAUAAAAAAGAAAAGGAAAGAAUUGAUAAAAUAGGAGGAUUUGUUGAAAAUGGUAGAAUACUUGGAUACAUUGGUGUGUCAAGAUCAUUCGGGGACAAAAAAUAUAAGAGGUCAAGUUCUCCGUAUAAUCCGCACGAGACGAUGAUAACAUGCAUACCUGAUAUAAAAAUUUUUUAUGCAAAUUCUGAUGAUAUUUUGCUUUUAGGAUGUGAUGGAAUAUUUGAAAUGCUUUCAUGGAAUGAUGUGGCAAAAUAUAGUUUUGAAUGCAUCAAUAGAUAUACGUUAAGUGAUGCUGUAAUUAAUAUUAUAGAUUAUGCCUUAUUAUCAGGGUCUAAGGAUAAUAUAACAAUUCAAAUAAUAAAAUUUUUUAAUGAUGAGGUAGAGAAUUUCCAUUUUAGAGAAAUGUUGAUACCAAGUGUAUAUAUCCAUAAUGAGAAAGUAUCAAAAUAUGAAUUUUAUGGACAGUUUUUAAAUAAAUAUAAUAUAAAUGAUAAAAAUAUGAUCAACAACUUAAUGGAAAAUUGUACUGAAAUUAAAGAAAAAUGUUAUUCUAUUGAACCAUUUUUAAAAGAAAUCAGAGAAAAUAAAAAUGCCCAUAUCAUAUUGAAUAGACGGAAUAACAAGAAGAUAAAAUAUUUAACAUUGCCUAUACUACAAGAAGAUCUUGAAACAAAUAACGUUUUUAACAAAAUGGAUCAGGAUGAUUUUAAUAACAUGAGAGAGUUUUUUAGAGAAUUCGACAGAAAAGUUGAAAUAACGAAAUGUUAA